GUCAGGACUUAAGAAAAUAUAUUACAGUGGAACCAGUGAUAUUUUUCUUCAUGACUGGGAUAUUUCUACAAACCCCAGCAUAUCAACAGCUUAUACUGAGCAAGGUGUGUCAAGAACUGUACAAUGAUACAAUAUGUGAAAAUAUUCAACAAAACCAACACCAUUUGAAAUCAAUACAAAGUAAAGGAUCCUAUCUAAUAUUGAUAUACAUUGCAAUUAUGAGCCUGCUGUCCAUAAUACCAGCUCUUAUUCUUGGAACUUGUUCAGAUGUUGGUAGUCGCAAACCUGGAAUGGCCUUACCAUGCAUCUUUUCAAUAGCAGCUGGGGGACUUUUGAUUGUCGUUGAUUAUCUUAAAACAAUGAAUGUUUACUGGACAUUUGGGGCUGCAGCUUUAAUUGGCAUUUCUGGAGGUCAUGUUGCUAUGUUUUUAAGUGUUUUUAGCUAUUUGGCAGAUGUCACCAAAAACUCAAACCGCACUUUGCGAAUGGGCAUUGCAGAAUCUAUGAUAUUUAUUGGAGGGAUGCUUGGAUUUUUUUUAGGUGGCAAUUUGAUGCAGUAUAGUACAUUUACUGUUAUAUUUGGGAUCUUCUGUGGCUGUAACCUAAUAGCAACAAUUUUUGUAAUUUUUUGGUUACAAGAAUCAACACAGAACAAUGAUGAUCAGAGUCUUUACCAAGAAUGUCAUUGCAAUGAAAACCAAGAAGUAACACAGGAAACCUCAGUUAGCAUUUAUAUAAAAAGAGCUUUUCAAAGUAUCUUCAGGCAUCGAGAAGCACAAAACAGAUUGAAGAUACACCUCAUCCUGAUAUGUAUUUUCUUAAUAAACCUCUGCAAUGUUGGAGAACAAUCAAUUAUGCUGAUGUACUUGAGCUAUCCUCCAAGGCUUUUUAGCAAUCAGAUGUAUGGUUGGUUUACAUCAUCCAAAAUGUUAAUUUCGGGAUUAUGCCUACUCUGCAGUUUUCAUUGCCUGUUAACGCAUGUCGAAGAAACAACACUUGCCAAGAUUGGAAUUUUAAUGAGAGCCGCGUCUUUUCUACUGCUAGCUUUUUCAACUACCAAAUGGAUGGUUUUCUUAAGUUCAAUAAUAAAUGCCCCUAGUGGAUAUACAAUGGCAGUGCUAAGAUCACUCUCAUCUAAGAUAGCACAUCCCAGUGAACAAGGUGCAAUGUUCUCCUUUCUAGCAUCUGUGGAGACUAUUUGUUUGCUUGUUGGGGCAGCACUUUUUAAUGGACUUUAUCCAGAAACCUUAUCAACCUUUCCAGGGAUAUGUUUUAUUAUCAUGGCAACGUUCCAGAUCAUCACCUUGGUAUUGACUCAAUGGAUCAGUGAAAUACCGACAGCACAUCCCAUGGUUCUAAUCAAUGAAGAAUAAUUUACAGACAAUGACUCAAAAUAGAGGAUACGACUGAAGAACUGAUCUGUUUUAAUUAAAAUAAUUACUUUUUAUUUCUCUUGUUAGCACUUGAAUAAUAUUAGCCAAAUGCUAGUAUUAUGCAGUCACAGUAGUUUGCGAACAUACAGAAUGAUUGCAAUCAAAUGAAAUGAGGAGGCUUAAGUACUUGAAAAUAAUAUUACUUU